CCAAUUGUAUAACGGAGAUUUCUGUCAUCAACAACAUUCAACAAAUCUAUCCAAGCAAAUGGGGUCCUUAGGAGGAGCCAUUUCGUUGGGAGCAUGGGGGAGUAGUUCAGGCGGCGACCCUUGGAGAUUCAAACCCAGCUCUGGAAUAACUGAGAUAACCCUCCAUGAAGGUGGUAAUAUCAAGUCCAUUUCCUUCAAAGACGCAGAUGGCUUUAUCUCUGGCACAUUCGGUGGCGGGAGCCCUGAUGCUUCGGACAGGGGAAAAAAAAUACAAGUCACUAUCAAUUUCCCUUCGGAGUAUUUCAAAUCCAUAAGUGGAACGUAUGGUGUCUACAAUGAUGUACCUGAUGUUAUCAUUUCACUAUCUUUUCACACAAAUCUCAAGACAUAUGGACCUUUCGGAACCACUACUGCUUCUGCUAAGGCUUUCAGCAUCCCCAUGACAGACAGUGUCGUAGUUGGAUUUCAUGGACGCUCUGGCCACUACCUUGAUGCUCUUGGUAUUUAUGUCAAACCAGUAAAUCCAGAUGGAAGCAUUUCAUUUGGGAAAUGGGGAGGUAUGGGAGGAGAUGACCCCAUUAAUUUCACAGUGGGAAGUAGCAGUUGGAUAAAACAGAUAUCAGUCCACCAUGAUGAUUCCAAUAUCAAGUCUCUCUCCUUCAAGGACGAGAAUGGCCGCGUCUAUGGAAAAUUUGGUGGCAAGAGCCCUAACAAUGUUGGCGUAGAGAAAAUAAUUGAGUUUGAUGGGCGUUCGGAGUUUUUGACAUCUAUAAGUGGGACAUAUGGAAUUUAUCGUGGAUUAACUGUGAUCACAUCAUUAUCGUUUAUAACAAAUCUUAAUACAUAUGGACCAUUCGGAAAAGCAACAGGCACUGCUUUCUCAAACCCAAUUCAAGAUGGCGUCGUUGUUGGAUUCCAUGGAAAAUCAGGCUACUACAUUGACUCAAUUGGCAUCUAUGUCAAACCGGGAAAGGCUGAAUAAUGGACCUGGCUGAGGAAAAGAGUAGAAUUGCACAUUUUAAUGUGCAUUCUUCGUUGGAUUUGGAUCCUUACUUACAUAUUUGUAAUAAGAUGGGAUAUGGUUUAUAUGAUUAUAUCCCAAGUCAAAAGUCUUUACCUUUAUUAUGUGUUUUGAGUUUAAUUAUAUGAACAAAUAAGUUGAUGACUCUGAGCUUUAGCUCACUCGGUCAGCCAACCAGUUGUAAUAUAUUAAGUUUUGUUUAGUCUGAAUAAUAGAUUACCUUGUGUGCUCUA